CAGACAGACAUCAGGAGUACAAAAAAUCACUUUAGGUGAGAUAUUAGUCAGUUUGACCUGUAGUUCUGGCAGUUGGUUCAUAUUAAAAAGUUGUAGCCAUCCAAACUGUACUAAGAAUGUCUGGGCUUGUGAAUGAAGGAAUGGAUAUAGGUUCAAUGAUGGAAUCAGAAGACAGGAUAGAUAAGACAGUUGAUAUCUACAUUACUGCUGAGGCUGUAAGAGGCAUGAAACAUAAAGACAGAGAGGACUUCGACACCCAAACAGCGAAAACCCAAACACCGCAACACACAGGAAGUGAUUCUGUGAGGAACAGAAGCUCCAGAGCCGCUGCAGUGUGUUUGGUGUUGCUGUGUGUUCUUCUGCUGACUGCAGUCAUAGUGCUGUGUGUCAUGUUCAUUCAAGAGAGACAACAGUUCAUAUCCAAGAAUGAAAACCUGACCAAUGAGAGAAACGAGCUAAUAUCCAAUAAUGCAAACCUGACCAAUGAGAGAAACCAGCUAAUAUCCAGAAAUGCAAACCUGACCAAUGAGAGAAACCAGCUAAUAUCCAGAAAUGCAAACCUGACCAAUGAGAGAAACCAGCUAAUAUCCAGAAAUGCAAACCUGACCAAUGAGAGAAACCAGCUAAGAAAUCAUCUUCAGAGUUCUGAUGGAUGGACUUACUAUAAAUCCAGUUUUUACUACAUGCCCAAUGAGACGAAGAUCUGGACUGAGAGCAGACAAUAUUGUACAGAGAGAGGAGCAGAUCUGAUCAUCAUUAACAACAGAGAAGAACAAGAUUUUGUUAAGAACAUGAUUGGUAAAGCUGUAGUCUGGAUUGGUCUGACUGACAGUGUUGAGGAGGGCAGAUGGAAAUGGGUUGAUGGCACCAACAUGACCUCUAACUUCUGGGGGUCUGCAGGGCCUGGAGUGUCUGUAGAGCCUAAUGGAGGUAGAGACGAGAACUGUGCCGUGACUGUGCCUGUGCCUCAGCCAGGGUGGGGUAAUUUAGUAGGGUGGCUUGAUAUUGCAUGUACUAGAGCUUAUCAAUGGAUCUGUGAGAAGAGCAUUUCACAACUCACACUGCCAUAAGAACAUCACACACCUUUUUUUGAUGCAAGACGAACUGUACCAAACUUCUACAAUAAUUGAUUACCAUCUAUAAAGCAGUGUUUCUCAGCCUUGUUCCUGGAGGACUGAUUUAUAAAUGACUGGAUUCAUUGACGUCAUAAACAAUUAAGCCAGUAGAAUAUCGUGCAAAAAUUCAUGUAUUUCAGUGAUUCAAAUUAAAAGAUGAAACUAAUAUAUUUAGUAUAUAUUACAAUGCAUGAUUAUACUUCUCAGAGGGCUGAAAUUUCUAGAUUUAAAAUUCUUUUUUAUUGAUUUCAUGUAAUUUUCAAAGA